CUAACACUUGGCUCAUUUUAUUGAUUUCUGUCCCCACAUCCACACCCACAUGUGCAUAUGUUAUCCUCUCCCUAUUUCAUCUACCCUCAAACAAACAUGUGACAUAGGGAGAGGUGGCUGUGUUCACAAGAAACACUGAACUUCAAACCUACAAACAUACUGGAGCUUAGAUAAUAUGUAACCCUAGCAGUAUGUUGUGAAAACUCAGAAGUUUGGAGUAAAUUACAGAUAACCAUGGUGAACAAACUCAGACACUGACCUGAUCAAACUCAGCCAGAAAUUUUCCAUUACUUAGGGUGGGCUCGAAUCUCUCCUCCCUGCCCCCACUAUUAUUGUUGUUGUUGUUACAAUUUAUAUUCUGCCUUUGCUCUAGGAACUGACAGUGACACAUCUAGCAUUGCCUCAUUUACAACCCUUUGAGGUAGAAGGGACUGGUCCAACAUCUCACCGGAGUUCCAGGGAGAUGGGUGGUUAAGAAAUAUGAAAUAUAAAUAAGGAAAAAAAUAAAGUCUGCACGGUUCACUAAGGGCUCUCCCUAGACCGACAUCUCAAAUCAGCUUACCUAGAAGCGAAAGUGGGGUAACUGCAAGUAUAAACUUUGCUAUUCAAAACGAACCCUGUCGGAAGCAUUGCUUACAAAAGGCAAAGAAGCAGGAAUGUGGACAAGAUACACGGACAAGAUUGAACUAACGCACUUAGGAGCUUUCCUGUGAAAAAGGCACGGGAUUCGGUCCCGUCCCGCUCCCCGCCCCCCCCCCGCGCCGAACCCAACAUCGUAAACACCAGGCACAGCGCGGGGAUGGGGCGCAGAGAUCCCGGUCAACGACGAGUUACGCUCCCUCGCUUGAGACAGACAUUCGGGGGCCGAGGGUGGACGGCAGCAGGGAAGCAGCGGCGGCAGAAGCAGCUCACUUCCUGGGCAAGUUCGACCGGUAGAUCAUCCGCGUUCCACCAAGGAAGGCAGGCAGGCAGGCAAGCGCUUCACCUGCCAGUUUCUCUUCCUUCCUUUCUAGAGGACCGAGGACUCCGCGCCUGCGAUCCCAGGCUGGAUGCGAAGCCGAGACAGCAGCCACCGGGAGCCUCGGCGGGUUUGUCUUUAAAGUUGAGUCCAGGGAGAUCGAUCGGCGUCAUCCUUCCGAAGUCCGGAGAAAGCCGGCCUCGCUUCGCCACCCAGAGGAGAAGAUCCACUGACCACGCCUCGACCCACUGCGGAUGUCCCUCUGAAAUGAGCCAGGUGGCAAGGAAGAAGGGCGUGGGAAGCCCCGGGCGCGGCGAGCGGCCGGCCGCGGCUGGAAGGCAGCGAGGUAGCGAGUAAACAGAGGGCGGCCAGGCCCUGGGCUCGCGGAACUCGCCCCGGUCGCUCUCCUUUCGGCAGCCUCUUCCACUGCGGCGGAGAUGAGCGGCUGGGCAGGGCUGGCCGGGCUCCUGCUGGCCGUGGCCGGAGCUCAGAAGCAGCUACUGCAGCCGCCGAGUAGCCUUCGCCCUGCCUCCGCGGAACACGCCGCGCAGUUCGACCACGUCUUGAACGGGACGGUCAACCGAGGCACGGAGCGGCUGUACUCGUUCAACUACACCAGUAAGGCAGGCCAGGCGGAUGCCCUCCGUGUUACCGUGAAGAGUGACUCCGAAGAUGAUCAGUACCCUGUCUUGUUUGUAGUUCGGCAGCAAAAGGGGGUGCUGUCCUGGCAGCUCCCACUCAUUUUUCAUGGGCUCUACCAAAGAAGUUACAAUUACACAGAAGUCAGCCGUACCCUCUGCCCAUCUGAGUCUGUACCUCAGAAUGGAUCUUCCGAGCAAAUCGUAUUUAUAAAUGUUGCUUCCAUGGCUCCUUAUAAUGCCCACUAUCAGCUGCAAGUUACCAAGAUUAAGAACUUCCAACUUAGCAUGAAUUCUACUUUUAUAUUCACUGCCAGCCCUUCUCAGCCACAGUACUUUUUGUACCAGUUCCCUCCUGAUGUGGAUUCUGUCAUUGUCAGAGUGAUUUCUAAGACAAUCUAUCCCUGCUCUGUGGUCUCCAUCCAAGAUAUUGUGUGUCCCGUUUAUGAUUUGGAUUAUAAUGUGGAAUUUAAUGGAGUUUACCAAUCCAUGACAAAGCAGGCAGCUCUCACUGUGCAGAAAAAGGACUUCCCAAGCAAACAGUUUUUUGUUGUAUUUGUCAUAAAGCCAGAGGACUAUACCUGUGGUGGUUCAAGCCCACUCUCCAUUCAAGGAAAGACUAACUACACAUGGAACCUUCAACGAAUGAAGCAUCUUGAAGUGACAGUGUUACCUUCAGUUAAAGGAACUGUUUAUAUACAUGCCAUCCUUUUCAGUUUUCUGACUUUCUUCUCCUUCUAUCUGGGUGCACUAGUGGUUGGAUUUGUGCAAUAUAUCAGAUUUCGUAGGAAAACAUCAAUACUUGAUGAUGGUCCUGGGACUAUGACUUCUUCUCAUCCUAUCACUGCCAGCACCCCUGAAGGAAGCAGCUAUGGAGCUAUAGAUGAAUCAAGCUCCAGUGGAGGUCAAGAAUUAUCAACUCUAGGUCGUAGGCCUCCUUGUGGCAGUGAUACAGACAGCUCAGUGGAAGAGGAGAGUGAUUUUGACACUAUGCCCGAAAUUGAAAGCAACAAGAAUGUAAUACGCACUAAGAUGUUCCUUUAUCUGUCAGAUCUAUCCAGAAAAGAUCGGAGAAUUGUAAGCAAAAAGUAUAAAAUUUAUUUCUGGAAUAUCAUCACAAUUGCUGUUUUCUAUGCCUUACCUGUGAUCCAAUUGGUGAUCACAUACCAGACGGUAGUGAAUGUGACUGGAAAUCAGGACAUCUGCUAUUAUAACUUCCUUUGUGCUCAUCCGCUGGGAGUCUUAAGUGCUUUCAACAACAUCCUGAGCAACAUUGGCCACAUGCUGCUGGGUGUCCUUUUCCUGUUGAUUGUGUUGUGCAGAGACCUUCUUCAUCGGCGUUCCUUGGAAAAUAAAGACAUCUGUGCAAUGGAAUAUGGGAUCCCUAAGCAUUUUGGCCUCUUCUAUGCCAUGGGUGUCGCUUUAAUGAUGGAAGGUGUCCUCAGCGCUUGCUACCACGUCUGUCCAAACUAUACUAAUUUCCAGUUUGACACAUCUUUCAUGUAUAUGAUUGCAGGAUUGUGUAUGCUAAAACUAUAUCAGACUCGCCACCCCGACAUCAAUGCCAGUGCUUACUCAGCCUAUGCAUCCUUUGCAGUGGUUAUUUGCCUUGCUGUACUUGGAGUGGUUUUUGGGAAAAAUGUGUGGUUUUGGGUCCUCUUCUCCAUCAUCCAUGUUGUGGCCUCUCUUGGUCUUAGCACCCAGAUUUACUACAUGGGUCGUUUCAAGAUAGACCUUGGGAUUUUUCAACGUAUAGCUAUAGUAUUGUACACAGAUUAUAUACAACAAUGCAGCCGACCCAUGUACAUGGACAGAAUGAUUUUGCUUGUUGUUGGGAACUUGGUUAAUUGGUCUUUUGCAAUUUUUGGACUAGUAUAUCGGCCAAGGGAUUUUGCCUCUUACAUGCUGGGCAUUUUUAUCUGCAAUCUUUUGCUAUAUCUUGCCUUCUAUGUCAUCAUGAAGCUCCGCAGUUCAGAGAAGCUAUUGCCUUUCCCCCUCUUUUGUAUUGUGGCCACAGCUGUGGUUUGGGCUGCAGCUCUUUAUUUCUUUUUCCAGAACCCCAGUAGCUGGGAGGAAACUCCAGCCCAGUCUCGGGAAAAAAACCGACCAUGUAUUGUUCUGGGAUUCUUUGAUGACCAUGAUAUCUGGCACUUCCUCUCAGCUGCUGCCUUGUUCUUUUCAUUCUUGGGCCUGCUGACCUUGGAUGAUGACUUGGAUUCUGUGCCAAGGAACAAGAUUCCUGUAUUUUGAGCUACAGGAUAAUUAUAGUGUUUGAUCCUUCUCGGUGAAAUGUGCCAUGUGGAGCAGUCAGAACAGACCACCAAGUACACAUUGGAAAGAACCUUCUUGGAAGCAAUUCCCAUAUAGGAAAAAAAAAACAGCAAAAUCAUAUCCUCAACAUCAGCUGGAUCAGAUCUAUAGUAUAAUAAUGCAUUAUAUUGAGACUAAUCAAGCUGAGGUGUUCAUAGGCUCCCUGAGGCCAUUCUUCACUUUCUUAUAAUGGGGUUUAUUCCCAGCAUUGUAGUUUCUGAGUUUGUAAUUUACCAAAUGCACAUUGUAGCCCUUUUGGCUACAGUGGAACGUUGGUAUUCAAUUGCUUUGAAACUCAUUGAAUUUGGUACUCAAUGCAUUUUGACACAAUUUUUUAAUCCCAGUACUCAUGUUUGUUUGGUACUCGAUGCAUAAGCUAGAAUUUGUUGGGGUCAGUUGCCUUGUGACUCACUAUAUUAUUCCUUAUGGGAGAAAUUUGUUUGGUACUCAUUGUGUUUGGUACUUAUCGUGCCUCCUGGAACCAAUUAAUGAGUAUGAAGGUUCCACUGUACUUAUGUUCUGUUGCUUGAUUAGUCAGAAUUACUUUAUGCAAUACAUUUAAGAUCGUGCAAAAUAACUGUUAUGUGGGUAAGACAGAAAAGAUCCAAUUGUCUCCCCUAUUGCUUAAUCCCAGAAUUAUAUUCAGGGGAUGCUGUGUAGAUGUUUGUGCCAUGCUUUGCUAAAUUUAAAUUAAAGCAUGUCUCAGUAUUAUCAAUUUGAAUUACUUAAAAGUGUUUAACCUUUAAGUAUAUUUGGACUUUCUCUUAAUGAUUGUUUGACAGCUAAUGACAGUCCAAUUUUCUUAUCAAUUCACUUUGGUUAAAAAAAUACUAAACACUAGAAUUCUGCUUUUCGCUAGGUUAAACCUUCUGUAUAUUUAAAGGAAAUCUAAGAACAAAGGAGACUUUUUUUCCCAUCCAGAGGUCUUUUAUGCGUGCCUGGGUGGCAUUCUGCAUCAUAUUCCAAAAGGGUGCAAGGGUGUGCAGGAGUCCUAAUGUAGCACUUCAGCAAAGGAACCAUAUCUUUUCCAAUGCAUGUUUUGGGUCAGUGUUUUUCAAACUUGACAACUUUAAAAUGCCUAAACUUCAACUCCCAGAAUUCCCAGUUAGCAUCUUAAAGUUGCCAUGUUUGAAAAACACUAUUAUGGGUCUCUUUUUGGAAUCAAGCCAAAGCAUUACACAGCCUAAAUACACUGUACUCCCAAGUCACAUUUUCUAAAAAUGUAGCAGUCCCAAAUGUCUUCCCCUAUCCCUAAACAAGUUGCUGAUCAAUAAAUCUGAAAACUACUGUC